CUUGCUGCUGUUUUUCCCUUUGUCCCCUCUCGCUCUCUCCCUUACUUGCGUUGCCUCCCUUGAUUGAGAUUCAUUGAUUGAUUGUCGGUGCUUCCCCCGCGCCCCUCGCUCCUUCCAGCCAGCUGCACAGUGCGCGCGCGCCUUCCUCCCGCGCCGCCCACUGCCACUCAGCUUCACCCGUGCACUCUGAACAACCUCAAUUGCGCGCCAACACAGGACCAGUUGACAAUACAAAACCACAUACCAAACGUCUGGUGCCACGUCGGGACCCUUCGAGAUAUAAGCCUUCUCUACCUCGCCCGCGCACCCCACCCGGCAACCAUACAUCCGCCGUCGUUCGUUCCCAAGGUCAGGCUCAUACGUUACCUGCCUCAGACACUUGCUGCCCCAUCUGCUCUCCAGCCUGUUGCAUCAUGCGCACUACCUCCUCCUAACGACCCAAUCAUUCAUCGCCAAUCUCCUUUUCAGUCCCUCUUUCACUCCUCUAUACUUGUAGAGUACUUUUCCGCCUACCUACCUACCCUGUCACUCUUUCCUCCUCCCUGUGGUGCAGCGGGUCUGUAACCACCAACGAGCCAACAUCACCACCCUCAUUCCGAGCGCGACUUGAUGUCGUCCUAGAUCUCACGCCACUCCUUUACCACAGCUGGGCUGCAUUGCCCAACCCGUUGAGCGGACUACCUUGAUACCCACAUACAUAUCCGCCUAAUUACCAAACUCAUUCUCCACAAUCGCAAUCAUGGGCUGCUGCAGCGAUCGCGAAAAAGGCAUCACUGUCUCGGAGCAGCAGAAGUGGGAUUACAUCACGCUCUCUGAUUUCAAGUCCACUUCCUGUCUUGCCCCCCUCUCCUACGUCUGGUUGUGGAUCCUCGUCCUCAUCUCGGGCGCCGUCUACGCUGCUGAUGCCUUUACCGCCGUCAACCUUCUUGCUUUCGACAAGUGGUCUAGCGAGGUCAAGCCCAAGGUCCCUCAGGAGAUCGCCAAGUGGAUCUUCGCCGUUUGCAUCAUUCUCUCUUACGCCUUCCUCGUGUACCGAUGGAUCAGGGCCGUACGCGUUAUCCGCUCUGGCAGUGUCGCCGAAUGCUACCUCGAACCGCUCGCUGCCAUUUGGCAGAGUAUGCGCCUGACCAAAUCUGGCCAGGGAUGGCGCCGUUUCCUCGUCUUCGCUGAACUCACAAAGUCCAGAAAAGGCGUCGAUUAUAUUGCGCUUUUCGUCUAUUUCCAGUUCAAGAGCGCUCUGAUCAUCAUUCUCGCCCAAGGCCCCCGCAUGGCUAUCAACGCCAUCACCCUGUGGGCCGUUGUGGACGCUCAACUCAUCCCCGUCGGCGAGCACGCUUCCGAGGAUCACAACUCGUUUGUCCAAUUCUUCCGAAACAUCGAGACAUUGACCCAGGAGGGAAAUAAACAGGAAACUGUCAUCUAUUUCACCAUGUUGUUCUCCCUCGUCAUUUGGGUCAUUGGCGCACUUUCGCUCCUCGUCUCGUUUCUCUUCUACAUCUUCUACCUCUGGCACCAUGUGGAUAAGUCGGAUGGCAGUCUCACCAAGUACUGCCGCAGGAAGAUUGAAACCCGUCUCGAGCGCAUUGUCAGCAAGAAGAUCAAGAAAGCACUGGAGAAGCAGGACAUGAAGCGCCGAAAGGAAGAACAGAUUGCAGUCGGCAAAGGAGAGGCCACAGCUAGGCUACCUACUCUCCCCAAGUUAGGAGACGACGAUACCUCGUCUGUCUAUUCCAUGGCCACUACCGCUACAUUGCCACCCUACUCUUCCAACGGGCCCUCCAGGACCAAUACUAUGAACACCACGCGCACCGGUGGUAUGGGCAAUUCCAUGAAGCAGCCCAGCCUCCCCUCUCUGAGCGAGAGGCCCAUGCCUGUUCGCACCGACACCCAGGGAACUGCCUUCUCUACGAACAGCAACGCACCUCUGCUAGGCCAUUCCGCUGACAUGGGCAUGGCGUCUCCUCUCCCUCCCAUGCCAACCCGCGAUCCAAAUGCCGAGUAUUUCAACGGCCCGCCCUCACGCGGUCCGCCGCCAAAUGGCAUGGCUGGUCGACCUUUCUCGCCCAUGUCCCACGGCCGAUCUUCGCCUGCUCCCCGUGGUAUGACGCCGCACAUUGAUACUCAGUUUGGCGGGCCUCCACCAAAUGGCAUGGCCGGUCGACCCUUUUCCCCAAUGUCCCAAGGCCGAUCCUCACCAGCUCCGCGGGCCAUGCCACCGCGCGUCAACACCCAGUUCGAUGGUCGCAAUUCGCCCGCACCUUCCCAGGGAUACCCACCCUACUCGAGCAACAGAUCUAUUGCCGACCCCACAUUUUCGCCUUACAACGGCAGCAAUGCACCUGCAGGCGGUCCUUCGUAUGAAAUGUCACCUGUCGAUAUUUCUGACAGUGCAUCUCAGCGCGACUACUCCAGCCCUGUCGAUGACUAUAAGCCACCCCAGAUGCCGAGCAUUCUUCGUCCUGGAUCUCCAGCACAAACCCCCGGUCAAGGUUCAAGAAUGCCUCCCAGGGCAGGCACCGCUCCUCCAGCCAAUCCUCGAGCUGGACUGCCAGCUACCUUGCAAUCGGCCAUCCAGCGCCGUGAAGCGUCCCAGCCUAUGCCUUUCCGAGGACCGGGUACUCCGCAACAGCGAAGCGCCACGGCGCCCUUGACCCAGCCUGGUUACGGACCAGGCCCUACUGAGAGGAGCACAUCCACCGCUCCUCCUGGGCAGGGUUUCAACGGGUACUAG